AUGAACAAAAAUAUCUAUAAUGUUAGAACACUUGUUGUUGACAUGGUACAACAUGCAAAUAGCGGACAUCCUGGUGCUCCUUUAGGCUUAGCACCAUUUAUAUACAUACUUUACAAAGAAUAUCUUAAAGUAAAUCCAGAAGAUGAAUAUUGGCCAGGUCGUGAUAUUUUUAUCUUUUCCAAUGGACAUGCUUGUAACUUGCAAUACGUUAUGAAUUAUCUAUUAGGAUUUAUUACAAUGUCCGACUUAAAAAGAUUUAGACAAGUAAAUAGUGUUACUCCUGGACAUGGGGAAAAAAAAUGUAAAGGCGUUGAAGUCACAACUGGUCCUUUAGGACAAGGAGUUGCUAACUCUGUCGGCUAUGCCAUAUCUUUUCUAAAAUUAGGCAUCGAUAAUCACGUUUACUGCGUAUUUGGAGAUGGUUGUUACAUGGAAGGAAUAUCACAAGAAUCUUUUUCAAUUGCAGCGAAUCUAAAUUUGAACAAUAUCACAUUUAUAUACGAUUUUAAUAAAAUAACUAUUGAUGGUUCAACAUCGUUAUCAAUGAACGAAAAUGUAGUUAUGAGAUUUGAAAGUUUAAAUUUUCAUGUGAUUGAAGUAGAGGGUGAAAAUAUUGAUGAGAUACGAAAUGCUUUAGAUUUUAAGACAGAAAAAAUUAAAAUGAUUAUUUUACACACAAAAAUAGGCAGAGAUUGCAUUUUGGAAGGUAAAGCAAAGGCACAUGGAAGUCCAAUAGGAGAAGAGGGUGUAAAACAGCUUAAAGAAAAAUAUGAAAUUCCUCAGAUACCAUUUUACGUUAGUGAUGAUCUUUUAAAUGAAUGGAGAAACAUCAAACAUAAAAAAAUUGAUGAAGCAAAACAAGUAAAAAUAACAGUUAAGAAAAAACAAUUAGAUACAGAACAUUUAUAUGUUGAUAACGUUUUUGACUAUUCAAAGCUUGCUACAAGAAAAUCCUUCGCACUUGUUUUAGAUAAAUUAAAGAAAAAGUCAAAGUUUAUAUGCGGUAGUGCAGACUUAGUAAGUUCAUGUCUUAACAAAUUUUCGAAUAGUAGUGAUUUUUCAAGAGAAAAUAGGAAAGGAAAUUAUAUUAAUUUUGGUAUAAGAGAACACGCAAUGUUUGGUAUCAUGAAUGGUAUAUCAGGCCAUGGAUAUUUUAUACCAAUUUUUAGUACAUUUUUGAAUUUUAUAACUUAUGGAUAUCCUGCUGUACGCCUUGGAUGCCUUGAUAAACUUAAUAAUAUUUAUGUUUUAACACACGAUUCUAUUUGUCUUGGGGAAGAUGGGCCUACACACCAACCCAUAGAAGUACUAGCUACCAUGAGAGCUACUCCAAAUAUGAUAGUGAUGCGUCCAUGUGAUAUUAAGGAGUGUAGGGGUGCUUUAUCUGCUUGUUGUAAGCUUAUCGGUCCAAAAGCAAUUAUUUUAACUCGACAAAAAGUUUCAGUUAUUGAACAGUCAUGUGAAAAUGAAGCACAAAAAGGCGCUUAUUAUCUAGUUAAACAUGAAAACCCAGAUUUUAUAUUACUAGGAACUGGUUCCGAAGUUGAAUUAUGUAUGCAAAUAGAAUCCAAAUACAAAAAUUUGAAUAUUUCUGUCGUAUCAUUUAUGUCUUGGGAAAUUUUUGAAAUGCAAACAAUGAAAUACAAAAAACAAAUCUUACCAGAAAAAAUACCUAAAAUCAGUAUCGAGGCUUUAACGACAUUUGGUUGGCAAAAAUACAGUGAUUAUCAAAUAGGAAUCAAAAGAUUUGGAUGGAGUGGUAAAUGUGAAGAUGUUUAUAAGGAAGCAGGAUUUACACCUGAAAAGAUUAUGGAAAAAAUUUAUAAAUUUAUAAAUUCAAAGAAAAAAGUAAAUGUUUAA